GUAAUAAUAAAAAAAGUAAUGAGACAGUUUUGAAGAGCGGCCUCCUGCGCACAUUAUGUACUAGAAUGGUUGGGGGUCCAUGUCCAUAUUCACGCGAUGGUCGGCGACCCGACUGCGCAAACGUAUGUGCGCACUGAGGUGCAAGGAGGAAAACGGUUUUCGGACACAGGCGCGCGGUCGGGCUCGGUUUUUUCUCGCUUAAGAUUCUCACUUUGCUCAAGGUUGCGGCGUCCCACACAAUCCAUUGACUCCUAGACAGGGCUGUUCCCGCCGAAGCAUCUCGUCAGGGUCCACCCAAAUCUCCGGACUCGGCAGCCAACGCAAAACCGACAAAGGAAGACGCGCUCAUCACAAGCUCAGACGCUGGCUCAGACUGCUCAGACGCUUGCACCACAUUUUCCCGGACCCGCUCUCACAACGAUGGUCCGCACAACCCCAAGCAAGGGAAAGGGCUCCAGUUCAGGCACCAACCUCGCCAAACGCACAGGCGGCCCUCCAGGGAAACAGACUGCCCGGAAAUCCAUCGGUGGACGGACCCCCGCAAAAACAACCAAAGCAACCCCCCACAAACCCCACCGCUACCGCCCGGGGACCGUCGCCCUUCGCGAGAUCCGCAAGUACCAAAAAUCGACCGAACUCCUGCUCCGCAAGCUCCCCUUCUCGCGGCUGGUGAGGGAAGUCGCGGCGGAUUUGGCGAGCUUGGAGUUUGGCGGGGACGGGCAGCCGCCGAGAUGGCAGGCGCAGGCGAUCAUGGCGUUGCAGGAGGCGAGUGAGGCGUUUUUGGUGCAUUUGUUUGAGGAUACGAACUUGUGUGCGAUUCACGCUAAACGGGUGACCAUCAUGCAGCGCGAUAUUCAGCUGGCUCGUCGUAUCCGUGGGCCUUGGGGGGGUCUCGGGUAAACCUUCAACAUUUCCGGGCUUCUGCGGAUUGAGACGGAACUUAUGGGAAUGUUGACGCGGGAGAAGGAGGUCGGGAUAUCAUUUUCUGGAGUGGACAGGGGGACGAUUCUCAGAGUCAGGGAAAUUCCUGUGGAUGAUAGAUUGAGGGAAUGGAGAAGGGGUUAUUCGGGCGUGUGUUUCCGCACGAAAGGCGCAAAUUUAGGGAACAGCUUGCACGUACUGCUAGAACGGAGGAGGAAGGCGGGAGACCAUUGUGGUUAUCGUCAAAUUAAGAAGUCAAUCGAAGCGAAUGCAAAAUCCACAAACAAACGCGGCACGUAAAGUGAAAU